CAGAAUGUUGGCUACCAGGGUAUUUAGCCUAAUUGGCAAGCGAGCAAUUUCCACCUCGGUGUGUGUACGAGCACACGGAAGCGUUGUGAAGAGUGAGGACUAUGCUCUCCCAAGUUAUGUUGAUCGGCGUGACUAUCCCCUGCCUGACAUAGCCCAUGUCAGGCACCUGUCCGCCAGCCAGAAGGCUUUAAAAGAGAAGGAGAAGGCCUCUUGGAGCAACCUCUCCAUGGAUGAAAAAGUUGAGUUGUACCGCAUUCAAUUCAAAGAGAGCUUUGCCGAGAUGAACAGGAGCACGAAUGAGUGGAAGACGGUUGUGGGCACUGCCUUGUUCUUCAUUGGCUUCACGGCUCUCAUCCUGAUCUGGGAGAAGCGCUAUGUGUACGGCCCAAUCCCACACACCUUCGACAAAGAAUGGGUGGCCAUGCAGACCAAGAGGAUGCUUGACAUGAAGGUCAACCCCAUCCAGGGCUUCUCUGCCAAGUGGGACUACGACAAGAACGAAUGGAAGAAGUGAGAGCCCACGUCCAUGCACCUGAACUCACUUUGGUCUGUCACCUCGUGCAACUCAGCUCAUUUACUGGAGACUUGCUAUGGCAAACAGAACCAACGCUAAUAAAUGACCAGUUUACGUGAAA